AUCGGUUUCUCGUUUCACGAGGCUGCAUCGGAUAGUUGAUUUUUGCUUGCUCGGCUGGUAUCGCUUGCGGUGAAUCGCAUGAAUAUAUAGGCGCGUUGGUAGAAAAUCCCGGAGUUUCUCUCCGACAAUAUUCGGUUGCGACUUGGUGCAUUACAUGUGUUAUGUACGUGAGGAGUUAUAUAGACACAUUUUGGCGGCGCGCAGUGAAUAAUUGCCGCACUAACUGGCGCCAUACACGAAACACUCGUGUACUGCGUCACUGGAAUUUGAAAAUUUUGCGAAAUCGAGCUAAUUACUCGCGUCAUAUUUUUUCCCUGUGCCUCUAUGAUCUUUUGAAACUAUAAUACAUAUUUCUUCGUACAUUGCUUAAAUUUUCUCACGAUUUGUCGCGUAUACUGAAUGUACGGAGUUGUGUUAAAAGUUAAUGCAUUGAAACAUAGAAAUAUCUUUAUUAUAUUUAAAAAUUUAUUCAUCUCGUUACUAUUCUCUAUGAAAUGUUGGAGUAAUUGAAUAAAAUUAUCUUUUAUAAGAAUAUAAUACAGAAUUUCCAAGACAAAGAGAAAUCUCCAAGUUGUACUGCAACUGGCUAUCCAUACCUUUAGUAGCUGAUACAUCGUAGUCUGUAUAAAAGUAGUGUUUGUAUACUGUGCCUCUAUAUCCUGACUCUAUAAAUGUUUAAGCCUGAGGUCACGGGUAUCUCUCGCAGUGGCCGUGUAAGGAAGAAAUCUUCUAAGCUCGUUGACUUUGAGUCUGAUGAUCUUACGGAAAAUAAACUCAAACGACAGAAGGCACAACAGUUACAAACUCAGCAACUCUUGGAUCAGUAUGAAGUACAACAGCAGCAACAGCAAAUAUUGCCCACCCAAUCUAGCCACUCCCAUCAAGUCGGUGGGCGACAAAGAAAAAAUUCAGGCUCCAAUCAUGUGCAACAAAGGAUCAAGGUGGAAUCCUUGUCUGAUAAUGAGAUACAGACAUCGGGUUCAGAAUCUGAUGAUCCCUCUGGGAUAAACGAGGAUGAGAGAUACAGCAUGGAUUCUGGAAGCGACAAUGAAGUAGAUCCCCUUAUGAUCGAUGAUAGAGAAACGGGAUUUAGGAAACUAGAGCCACCAUCAGGUCAGGAAACACCAUCGCAAGCAAAUAGUUUAUAUAUGCUUGAAAAAUGUAAGAAAAAGUUGAUUAUUAAGGAUGGGAAAAUUAUAGGCAAAACGAAGGCACAACGUAAAGACAAAGGGAAGACGAGAUUUACCGCUUACAUGCUAUGGGCAAAGAAAAUUAGACAAGAACUAUUAGAGCAAUCUCCUUAUAUGGAUUUUGCAGCAAUUUCUAAGCGAUUAGGAGAGCUGUGGGCUACAGUACCACAUCUGGAAAAAUAUAAUUGGCGCAGACGCGCAAAACGCCUAGCAGCAAAACCUCAUACUUUACCAGCAAGUAAAGAUGAGCCUAUCUGGAAAAUGCCACCACCCGCCUCGCGAAAAAAAUUCAUUAAUAAAAUUGGUAAUGGAAAAGAAACGAAGACUACUACCAAAAAGACUAUCCAACUCGGAGUGCCGUCUGUUGUCGGGAAUAUCCCAAUCUCACCGCCGUCAAAUCGCACCGGAAAAGACCUGGUUAAUGAACCGGUAAUAGGCACGGGAAUGUACAAGGUGAUUGGAACACAGCCAAUUGAUGUUGCGGCUCAUCUCAAACUGCUUGGCGAAAGCUUGACAAUCAUUGGGGAACGUUUGAAGGAACACGAUGGUCAAAUAGCUGUUUCUGGCAGUCUUUCGGUUCUGUUGGACUCGUUGCUCUGUGCCUUAGGUCCAUUAAUUUGUUUAACGCAACAAUUGCCAGAAACUAACGGAGCUAAACCAGAGACACUUUCCCAAAUGCUCGAUAACAUCGCUUAUCUUAUGCCUGGUCUAUAAUACAUGUAUAAAAUAUUUAAAGGAUAACAAUUAUUGGUAAUUGUGUAAAUAUGUGUAUCAAGUUAGAUAAAAAUGAAUAAGUUGAGUGAGAAAAUAAAAAUGGAAAUGUAUAUCAUUUAUUUUCUAGAAGUUUGAAUUUUUAACACAGAUUGUUGUAUUUUCUUAUCUGCAAAUAUAAAACAAUAGCGCAUUAUAUUUUAUAUAAAUAAUGAAUCAUUUGCAGGUGUAAAAUAGCAUUAUGUUUUCUAUAUAAAUAAUAUAUUGUAUAAAAAUUAUAAUAAAUAUGUAAAUAUACAAUUUCAAGUAGGAAGUGGGCUAAUAAGAGCUGAACACAAUAAGUAGACGCAACUAAAUUAGGUAAAAAUCUUUUUUGAUUUCACUGAAUAUUCCAAAUGACAAAUUCAUGUAAAUUCCUUAUCGGCUCCAGUUAAGAGAUAACGAAAUUAAUCCGAAUUUUGUCUUUAAUACGAAUGAUGACGAUGAAAACUGAAGAUAAAAACACAAAUUUGUUAAAGAUAAUGCAAAGGACCGAAAUGUGUGUUAGAAUUAAAGGUUUUUACAUAAUUUAGUGGUGCCUCCUUAUUGUGCGUGACUUAUUAGCAUUCCUAUUUGAAUUUUUAUAUUGAAUAUAUUAAAACUUUUUUGUAUUAUUAAAUAUUUAAAUAGUUCUAUUACAACUAACUGUAUAUGUAGUAUAUAUAUAAAAAUAACAUGGUACAACACUAUUGUUCUGGUAAAAUAGGCGGACAUGUACAAAAUAGAUUUUUAUCACCAUA